UACAAAUUAAAUACUUUUGUACAACUGAACAGAGAGACUCUGCUUUAAUUUCUGCCUUUUGUUGUGUAUAAAUAUCUGUGUGUUGUUUGUUAAUUAAGCUAACGAGAGAUGGCAAACACAGCUUCGACGAUUUGGCCAAAUGAACAGCAACCAAUGGAGCAGCAGCAGCAACCUCAGCAAUCAGUGCCAUAUCCUGAAGCUGGGCCGAAUAGCGCUUGGCAAUCUUCGGGGUCCAUAGGGCCAUUUUUCGCUGUGAUCUCUGUGUUAACUGUUCUUGCUAUUCUUUCGUGUAUAGUGGGAAGAUUUUGCAUGAAUCGUAAACCAGUAACGCCGCUUGAUAGCAUCAAAGGCGAGAGAGAUUGCUGUAGGUGGCUGAGGGGCAAAAUAUGCUGGCGAUGUAUGGAUUGUAGUGAUCAUUGUUUGGGGAAUAAGGCCAAUGAGGGCAAGAGCCAAGACGUUGUUUGAUGAUUUUUUUUUUUAAAAAAAAAAGUGCUACUACUAUUAAUAUUAUUGAACAAUUGGAGUUUCCUACUGACUAAGUUGAUGUGCAAUCAUGGUUAUCGUUUUCUAUGUAUGACGAUAAAUCAAUCUUUUUUUCUUGUUGAUAAAUCAACUUAUUGUAUACAUGUGAUGACCAAUUACUAAA